UUAAGUCAAAUUAUAUAUAAAAAUCAUAAACAUUUUAACUAUGCACUAAUAGUUGAUUCUCUAACGAAGCAAACUUGAAGGUGGAUACAUAGACAACCAAUCAGCAUACCACCCAAGGACACACCUCCAGUUGCAACAUCACAGGUGUAAAUGUAAAUACUAGACAACUUGAUAUUGAUAUAAAUCAGAGUUCAGAAUAAUGCAGACUGAGAAAAGAAUUAACCUAGAGCAACCUCGGUAUGAUCAAGGAACAUUUACUGGUAGAGCCAGGCAUUUUAUUAUAACAACCAAUCCAUUUAAUAUACUUGCAACCUCACAACAAUUAGAGGAUGCAAAAGCAGUGGUAGAAAGAUAUAGAAAAGGUGACACAUUAGGUGCACUCAAUGUAUCACCUGAUCAGUUGUGGCAGGCAAAACAUUUAUAUGAUUCUGCUUACCAUCCGGAUACAAAGGAGAAAAUGUUCUGGGCAGGAAGGAUGUCAGCUCAGGUUCCCAUGAAUAUGAUCAUCACUGGAUGUAUGAUGACAUUUCACAAGACCCCACAAGGCAUCAUAUUUUGGCAAUGGUUUAAUCAGAGUUUUAAUGCUGUAGUAAAUUACACAAACAGAAGUGGAGAUGAGCCUAUAUCUAAAAAACAGUUGGGCUUAUCUUAUGUAGGAGCUUCAGCAGGUGCUAUUGGUACAGCUAUGACUAUAAAGAGUCUUGUAAAGAGAUUUCCACCAAUUGUUUCCAGAUUUGUUCCUUUUAUUGCUGUGGCAUCUGCUAAUUGUAUUAAUAUACCAAUGAUGAGAAGUAGGGAAUUAUUAGAAGGUAUACCUGUGUAUGAUGCUGAUGGCAACAGAGUUGGAGAAUCUAAAAAGGCAGCAGAAAAGGCCAUAGCAUUAGUUCUGUUUUCUAGAAUUUGUAUGGCAGCUCCUGGAAUGUUAACCCCACCAUUUAUAAUGCAUGCUCUGGAAAGCAAAGCUUUCAUGAAGAGAAUGCCAUGGUUGAAUGCUCCAGUGCAAAUAGGACUUGUAGGAUUUUUUUUGUUGUUUGCCACUCCAUUGUGUUGUGCAUUGUUUCCACAGAAAAGUUCCAUGAGUAUAAACCAUAUUGAAAAAGAACUGCAAGAAAAACUUUCCGCAUCAAGUCCACAUGAUUGUGUCUACUUCAACAAAGGGCUUUAAUAACAAUUUUAGACUUAUUGUUUAUACAAUAGCUGAGUUACAACUGAAGCAUAAUGUGUGAUAACUGAUAUGCCAAAAUGAUAUUUUUAUGUCGAUUGUUAAAACUGAGUACUAGGAGAUGUGACUGUCAUUUAAAUAGCUUAGUACAUGAAUAUUUUUUGUCUUGGUAUAAUGCUUAACAUGCUGUUUUGUAAUACCAAGAGAGUAAAUUAAUGAUUUCCAAUCUUUACUUCAAUUUUCUUGCAUUUUGAUUCAUCUGUCAUUAUCAGUUUUAAAAAUAUUUAGAUUUAACCAAAAAAAAUCAAAAUCUCAAUGCUCUAAAUAAAAUUGCAUUGCUUAAGAUGAAUAUAAAAAAGGUAGUGAUUCAGGGUUUGUGUUUUUUGUGGCUUUAAGCAUACUUAUAAAGAUACAGUUUUAACUGUUAUUAAGAAAAUGAGCAUGAUAUUUAAGAAUAGAUAAUUAUUCAUUUACAUUCUCUUCUUGCCAAGAUUUGUUUUAUUUUCAAGAUGGUUAUUUGCAAUCUAUUGAAUCUGACAGAACAAACUUCAAAAUUUUAACAAAUACUGUUAUAUUGGGGUUUGGAAAAAGGGAAAGGGGGAUGUGAAAAAAAAAUGGGGGAGAGGGGGGUAAAAAUUUUCUCAUUUCAGAUUUCAUAUAUAAAAAGAAAAUUUCUUCAAACAUUUUUUUGAGAGGAUCCGAUUAAUAUUCGACAGCAUAGUGAAUUGCUCAAAGGCAAAACAAAUAUUUUAAGUUCAUUAGACCACAUUCAUUCUGUGUCAGAAACCUAUGCUGUACCAACUAUUUAAUCAUAAUCCAAAUUUAGAGCUGAAUUCAGCUUGAAUGUUGUGUCCAUACUUGCCCCAACCGUUCAGGGUUCAACAUCUGCGGUCGUAUAAAGCUGUGCCCUGCGAAGCACCUGGUUCCUUUGGGGGGGGGG